UAAUGGAUUCUUGGUUUAUCAUUUUUCUUAUUACUCUCAUUUUUCUGUUUAAUUUCUUUUUUUUCUUCUUCUCAAAUUCCAAAACUAAGAAAAAACUCCCACCAGGACCUUUUACAUUUCCAUUUAUUGGAAAUUUACCAUUGUUGAUAAAUAAAUCUUUAGAUGAUAUUGAAAUUAUAUUACAAAAACUCAUAUCUAAAUAUGGUCCUAUUAUUACCCUCAAAAUAGGUACUACUAUUUCUAUAUUUAUUAGUAGUCACUCUUUAGCCUACCAAUCUUUAAUCCAACACGGCGCUCAUUGUUCCGAUCGUCCGCUUGAAUUACCAACCAAUCUCAUUCUUAGUAGCAAUGAUCGAACCAUCAAUACCGCCACGUAUGGACCUACGUGGCGGGUGCUACGUAGGAACCUCAGGGUGGAACUGUUACGUACCACGCCCCAAUCAAAAUCUCGAGCUGAUUGGGCACUAAAUAUCCUCGUUCAAAAAAUAAUUCAUAAAUCUGACUCUAAAAUGGGAGUGAUUUUACUUGAUCAUAUAAAGCAUGCCAUCUUUAGUCUUCUUGCAUUCAUGUGCUUCGGAGAAAAGCUUGACGAUGUUCAAAUCAAUCAAAUUAUGGAUGUACAACAUCGAGCACUUUUAGCUACGAUACGAUUCAAAAUACUUGAUAUUUUCCCUAGAGUCGGGAAAUUAAUCUUUAGAAACCGUUGGAAAGAGGUUAUUGCAAUACGAAAAGAGGUAGAGUGCGUAUUCAUACCUCUAAUCGAAGCUAGAAUAAAGUAUAAAGUCGAAAGAGCCAACUCAGAAGUUCAUCAAGAAGAAAAAACAUCUUCUUACGUCGAUACUUUGCUGAAUUUGGAACUAACAGAGGAAAAGAGAAAACUAACUCAUGAAGAGAUCGUUAGCCUCUGUGGUGAGUUCCUCGGGGCAGCCAGCGAUACAACAUCCACCGCGUUACAGUGGAUUAUGGCGUACUUGGUUAAGUACCCUGCAAUUCAGGAAAAGCUGUAUAAAGAAAUUGGGAGAGCAGAGGAAAAUGGCGAUAAGUCGAUAACAGAGGAUUUAAUGAAAUUGUCAUAUUUAAAAGCAGUGAUUUUGGAAAGUUUAAGGAGGCAUCCACCAUCUCAUUUUUUAUUACCACAUAGAGUAACAGAGGAAAUGGAAUUAAAUGGGUACGCCUUACCAAAGAAUGCGAUAAUCUAUUUCAUGGCGAGAGAGAUGGGAUUGGACUCGAACGUGUGGGAAGAUCCGAUGGAAUUUAAACCAGAGAGGUUCUUGGUGGAUGGCGAGACAUUUGGUAUAACAGGAAGCAGAGAGAUCAAGAUGAUGCCAUUCGGCGUAGGGAGGAGAAUAUGCCCGGGCUAUGAUUUUGCUAUGUUUCAUUUAGAGUACUUCGUUGCUAACUUGAUUUGGCGUUUCGAGUGGAAGCCUGUGGAGGGAGACGACGUUGAUUUAAUUGAGGGGUUAGAUUUUACCUUCACUAUGAAGAAUCCACUGCGAGCUCGCAUCAGUCCCAGGCUGAAUUGAUUGCUUGCUAUAGGUAAUUUUAUAUCCGUUAAAGACAUAUUACAAUAAAAUCAGCAAUCAUUGAAUGUGCUGAUGUAUGUAUCUGUCCCUGUACAUCAGACUUCAGCAAAGUCAU